AUGUCUCCCACCCUCAGCAUCGCCUAUCUGAUUACGACCAUUUUCCUCUUCAUAGUGGCCGUCAUCUUCCACGUCAAGAGCACCUCCCUCUCCCUCCCCAUCCCAUCAGCCGUGACAGUCCUCGCCUUUAUCCUACCACUCAUCAACCUCCUCAACGCAUCCAUAUACCCUCAUCUAACACAUGGCUCCCCUUCCUCGCCCGUACCCAAGCGAGGAGCAGGAGGAGCAACGGGAGCCCGCGGGCUGACCGGCCUGACGCCCCUGAUCAUGCAGGUCCUGCAAGCCCUGGCCACUACGGUCCUGGCGACCCUGCUGUUCGAGGACGCCGUCCCGUCGACCGCAGCGUCGUCGUGCCUCGUCGAGUCCCGCUGGUCGGCCUACUACCGCGCCCACGACGACGGGGCCAUACGCCGCAUCCAGGACGGCCUGGCGUGCUGCGGCUUCAACUCGGUCCGCGACAGGGCGUACCCCUUCCAGAGGAACGGCGUGCCGAGUACGUGCCCCGAGACUUAUGGGAGGGACGUGGCCUGCCGGGCUGGUUGGGAGGGUGCCACGAGGUCUGUUUCCGGGAUUGAGCUGGCUGUCGUUUUGGCCACGGGUCUUCUACAGAUAUUCGGUCUGUUUGUGAUGUCCCAAGGCCCAUCAGGAGAUUGGUGGACUACGUCGUCACGUGGACCUUGGAGCAGACUGUUUGCCGCGGGACAGAGACGCGGACAUUCUGGCAGUCGCCGCCCUCUCCUCACGGCUGCCGCGGAGGAAGACGACGAGGAAGAACAAGGUCAGAAUGGUGAGACUCCCACCGACCAUGGCCAGAGAUACGGCGCUACAGAUGAUCAGGAGGGAUACCAGGAGGGAUCUGGCAGACCACGUGUCGAGCCAUCGUUCCCAUUUCCCGAGGGGAAUGCCUGGAGGAGCAGCUAG